UCGCUACGUCCUCCGGUCCAUGUCGUUUAACUCCGCCGGGCGACUGCAGCCGUCCGCCCCACCCGUCCAGUCCAGUCCCGUCCCGAGGCCCGCCGCGAUGGCCGAUGAGGACCCCCAGCAGCAGCAGCCGGACCGCGGGGCGGGGAGCCUGCCCGGCCUGCUCCCCGGGCUGCAGGGCGCUGAGGCCGGCGCUCUGCAGCUCAGGAUCAAGAACUCCAUCUGCAAAUCUGUUCAAUCGAAAGUGGAAAACAUUCUGCAAGAUGUCGAGAAGUUCUCAGACAUCGAAAAACUCUACCUCUACCUGAAGUUGCCUUCUGGUCCCAGCAGCACUGCUGAUAAAAGCGACCAGAGCGCCUUGUCGUCGAGCCGCACACAGCAGAUGCACGCGUUCAACUGGAUCCGCAAUCAUCUAGAGGAAUACCCGGAGACCUCUCUUCCCAAGCAGGAGGUCUACGAUGAAUACAAGAGCUUCUGUGACAAUCUGAACUACCACCCGCUGAGUGCAGCAGACUUUGGAAAGAUGAUGAAAAAUGUCUUCCCCAACAUGAAGGCGCGUCGACUUGGCAUGAGGGGAAAAUCAAAAUAUUGCUAUAGUGGACUAAGGAAGAGACCCUUUGUUCACAUGCCAUCUCUGCCCACUCUGGACCUCCAUAAAACAGCAGACGGACACCAGUGUGAUGCACUCGAGUCACCGGGCCAACUCAGCAGCAUCAAGGAAGAGGUGCGAUUUGCAGCCUGUGAUCUGGUGUGCGAGUGGGCCCAGAAGGUGCUGAAGCGCCAGUUUGAUGCUGUGGAAGACUUGGCUCGCUUCCUAAUCGACAGCCAUUACAUCAGCAACAAGUCUUUGGCAGCGCUCACCAUCAUGACGGGAACAGCAACAGAGGUCAAAACUCCGCAGACUGUCUCAGUCUUCGCUCCGGCUGCGGAGGUUCACUCCUUCCAGCCUCACGUGGCCACGCUGUCGUCUCCGUCCGUCGAUGCCAAGCAGCAGCUCCAGAGGAAGAUCCAGAGGAAGCAACAGGAGCAGAAGCUGCACUCGCCUUUACCCGGAGAGGCGCAGAACAAGAGGACAGACGACAGCGUGCCUUGUGGUAGCCCCACCCCUCCGUCGCCUCAGCCAACCAUCGGCAUCGUGGUCGCCGCUGUCCCGAGUCCCAUCACGGUCCACAGAAGCAGACAGCUGAUGUCUCCGAGUCCAGUGGGACCGGUGGAGAGCAAAGUGCUGCCUAUUAACUUCCAGAUGGUGGCCCAGCCAGUUCAGGCGGUGAAACAGAGCCCCAAAACCCCCCAAAAUAUCCUAACCAGCCCAGCAGGGGAACGCACAGCACGGCAGCGCUACGCUCAAAUCCUGCCCAAACCUUCGGCCACCACCGCCAUCGCUCUGCGCUCGCCCUCCACCAUGAUCAUCGCCAACAGCCCCAUCAAGACCGUGAUGACCACGUGUCACGUCAGCCCGGUCAGUCUGGUCAAGAUGACAGCCAUAUCACUUGCACCCAGCAGCAGUGAAACCACCACAUCCCUUACGAACUCCACGCUGCGGCCGGCAUCUGCAGGCUUCAGCUCUGCAGUUGCGGAAGACAUCGGCUCCAAUCAAAGCAUGAGGAGUUCCUCUACAGUCCCCAUUCUGGCCCCGGUGGCCAGACCAGGGCAGACCGCCAACACUCAGAGCAUCGAUGUUGAAAUGGAAGUUGAAGCUAUACAUAAAAACAGCCAAAUGCAUGAUCCAGGCAGUCAGGUGUCGACUCAAGGAGCAAUGACAAACAGACUGGGAGGGGCUGUGCAGAGGGCUGCCAGUGUGCCCAUACCUCAAACUAAAGGCUUCCUGGGUCUGGAGGAAACAUCCAGCUUGAUGUGCAACGGAAAUUCCUCCUCAAGCACCAGCACUGUGGCAACAGCUGAAAGAAGCAAUAAUAGCGCUAAUAACACAAGCACUUUGCACGUCACUCCCUCCACUCAGAAUACCAGCACUGGUUCUUUACUGAACACCAGCGGAGCGCCUUCGUUUGGGGAAAGCAGCCAAGCAAAGCAAGGUUUCUUGUCCACAAAGAGCCUCAGGAAACGCUCAGGACACAGUCCAGACCUUUCUCCAGUCAAAAGGGUCUUCAUGCCCCAGCAGCCAGUAGAGGGCGCUGCUGCGUUUGGAUAUAGUGUCAGAAACACUGUUGGCAACAUCCUCAGGCCAGGUGCUCCGACUAGACCUGAAAGUGCGCCAGUCACCAGGGAGGUAGAGAUGAAAAUGAACUCUGUCUUGUCACCUCAAGUCCCUGCACUCUGCACUUCCUCUUUCAGAGCCAGUGGCUUUUACUCUGUUGCCAAAACACAUAGCUCAGUGCAGAGGAAAAACACUUCGAGUGUUAUGGAAAGCAACACCUCGGUCAGUCACGCAUUAAUACAACAACAGCAGGGCCACACAGUGGCUAACGUGCAUGCCAUACCUAAUAACCCCGGUUUUCAGAAGCAUUCAGGUGUGAGUUCAAACUCAAUCACAGGGAGCCUGGAAGGAGUUCCACCGCAGACCUACGCUCAGUCUAAUCCUGAAACCUUAGAGUUUUUGAAUCAAGCUUCAUCAUCCAGUCAGCUGCCUAUGCAGACAGAUAUGGACUACUUUUCCUUUGAUGACGAUGUGACUCAGGACAGCAUCGUGGAGGAAUUGGUGCAGAUGGAGGAGCAGAUGAAACUUAACAACCUGCAGGAGUUUGGGAACUGCGUCGCACUGCAAGGCCAGCAGCCUGUGAUGCCGGACAGCAUGACGACCACCCAUCAGAACAUGACUGCUUUCUAUCACGCUGCAAACAACAGCAGCAACCCGAUCCAAACUCCGACACCGACACCCACGCCCACGUCAGAAAUGAUGGGAGGGGCCCAAAGCCUGACCGGAGAGAGCCCCUGCUCCCACAUGGCCUCCACCACCCCAGUGGACAGCGCUCUGGGAAGCAGCCGUCACACCCCAGUCGGUACUCCGCACUCCAACUGCAGCAGCACGGUUCCUCCCAGUCCAGUCGAGUGCAGGAACCCGUUUGCAUUUACUCCCAUUAACUCCAGCAUUACCUGUUUCCAUGACGGCAGCACCGUCUCCAGCAGCCCUGUGAAGCCCAUGCAGAGGCCGAUGGCCACCCACCCAGACAAGGCCCGGCUGGAGUGGAUGAACAACAGCUACAACAGCAGCAGUGGGGGCGCAAACAAGUCCAACAGUGGAAUGGGAAUCCUUCCCAGCUAUCAAGGCCUGAUAGACGACCAUUUUCAAAAACCUCACGCCUUCGCCAUUCCCCAUGCACGGCACCACGACAGCCACUUUGGCCGCUUGACUCCCAUCUCGCCUGUGCAGCAGCAGGUAGCCAACAUGGCCAAGCAGGAGGGUUUCGCUGUGCCUGCCCCUCUGGAUAACAAAACCAGCAACACAUCUGCUGCAACCUUUCGAUGUCGCAGCGUAAGCCCCGCAGUGCAUCAGAGGAACCUGAGUGUGAAUGCAGUAAACACAGCCCUUCCCAAUGUCCCUCGUUCAGUGGUGUCUCCCUUUAAUUCUCCUGUGACGCCUGAGGUGUUGAACAUCUUUGCGAACAGCCAGACGAAUCUUGGGGUGAGCAGCAUGGCUCAGAGGAGCCGCUCUGUGCCGCUCAACAUCAUGAUGCAAACUGAGGUCCUGCCCAACGCGGGCCAACAAUGCAGCAGCAAAAACAUCACCAGUGUCCUCCUGAGCAAGCUGGACGGGGACCACGACGACACCAUGCGAGGCGUGGGCAUCAAUAAUCUUCCCUCCACCUACACUGCACGUAUGAACCUCACCCAGAUCCUGGAGUCCAACGCCAGCCUCUCCUGCACUGACAGCCACCUCAGCCUGAUGGCCUCUGACUCCACCAGCACAUGCAAGAUGCAGAGGCCCAAUUACCUCAUAGAAAAUGCUAUUAAUGAACAAAUGAUUCUCUCAGCGGGAGAUAGCCAAGUACAAUCAGCCUCUGGAGCGCAGCAGCAACACCAGGCCCAGUCUUUAAUGUUGGCUUUGAGCUCGCAGCAGCAGCAGCAAGAAGAGCUUCAGCAGCAUCAGCAGUUAGAUUUCAGCAGCACUCAAGACCUCCUGACGGACGGCAGCCUUUCUGCUGGCAGUCAGCUCCUGGAGCAGGUGUCGGAGCUCUCGGCAGGGGGCGCAGAUUUCCCCUGUGAGAUCAGAAUGACAUCGGAGCUGUCCAGCAGCAUCAAUGACCUUAAUGCACUGGACACAAACCUGCUGUUUGACCCCAACCAGCAGCAAGGGCAAUAUCAACACGCUGCUCCAGAGGAGCUGGUGAGUGAUCCGCUGUUUCAACAGAUUACCAGCGAGACGGGGCACUCGAGUGGACUUGACUGGUUGGAAAGCAAAGAUCAUCCAACCGUUGGGUUGAUGGGAUGAGAACGGAGCUGUUUUUUUUAAAGUCAUGUUGAACAUGUUAAUCUGUGGUUGCUGUUUGUUUUAUUUAUUUUCAGGCAUUUACACUUUAUAAUGCAACACUGGACACUAUGAGGUUUGUCCAGUUUAAGUGCCAGGCUAAACUGAGAAAAUGCUGCAACACUGAUUAAAAUGCUGGUCAUUUCCCUUUAAUGAGAGAACGUCUCGUCACGGUAUUUGUUCGAGAGAGUUUCCAACGAGGAAACAAAACAGAAAAGAAUCUAAGUUAAACCUGUUCUUCUUAAGUUGCAUUUAAUAUUUCACUGAACAGUCAGCAGUUGGAAAACAUCCAAACAGAGCCAUGGAUUUCUCAGUGUAAAUAAAAGUCAAAGAUUAUAAUGAAUAAGCCUUUUACAGUAACACUUGUGACAGCUGCAGGCGACGUGUAGUUAAAGGUACAAACCAGCUGAUUAUAUUUACCGCUGAACUAACAAUAUGUCAUAAACCAAACAUUUGUGUGUCGUUUAGAUUCACUGAAAAAAACUGGAGGAACUUUUUUUUUUUUGGAUAUUAACUUCACUUGACAUUAAGGUGUGUAAAAGUACACACACACACACCUACAGUUUAGAGUAGUGACAAAAACACAGAACCAAAAUCAUCUCUGUAAAUCCAUCUAAUAUAAUCUGAUGAUCAUAAUAUAUAAGAGUUGGCAUGGAGUAUAUAGCAGGAUGUGGUUACAUUUACAAUAAUACUUGUAUUAGCUAUUUAUCUAAUCAUAAAUAUAGUAUCCUUUAACUAUUGUUCACUUUGAUGGAAUACAUGAAAGGUAUCUGAUAAAAAAAAAAACUUCCAUACAAGAAAGUGAUAUACUGUAUGUAUCAACGGAGAUAAAGUUAAAGUUUAUAAGUUUUAGUCUCACUGCCGAUAAACAUGGAGAGCCAAGUCAACCAGACAGCUCACACAGAUGACCGCAAUAAUAUAAUUAGGUCGUUUAACGCACUAAUUUAUCUUUACAAAUCCAAUAAAUUGAAAAAAAAAUAAUCAUAAAGAAGCCCCACAAUCGAUUUAAAAUUACCUGUAAAAUGUACAUGCAAUACGCUACACA